UUCAAUUCGGGUGAAAAAACUGCGUGUCAUAACUCAUACGAGGUACUACAGCAGAGUAUGGAACCGAACUGAACCCGCAACAGUGAACGAACCACAUGAUGCUCCGAAGCCUCUGGAAACGUCGUCGUCACCCACAUUGGAGUCCCACGUUCCUGUGCUCCUCACCCGCUUCACUCUUUCACAGCGCCACCUGCGCCCUCGCGAGGCGACACUUCGUCUCCAACGAGGUGGAGGCUCCUGGUUGGAGGUGGAGCACCGAAGAGCCCUCGGGUUUCGUGGACGACGACGUUUCGCAUCCUUGGCCCGAGUGGGUCCAGCUCAUGAAGUGCUUGCUCGACAAGGGACACUUCAAUCACCAAGAGGGAAACCCGUUUCGCAAUGCUGGUUUCGGCGCCAAAGAUUGCAAUGUCGUUAGAACCGCUUGUCUUAAUUUCGGUAGAGACCACUUUCACCUUUUGAGAUUCUUGUCUCGAAAAGAUAUAGGAGUUACUGUGGCACUUGGAUGUCCGAGCUUAGAUAGGAAAGUGAUCAACUCAGGAAAGCGUUUGAGAGCAUAUGCGGGUAUUGAUGAGGGAAAUGUAUGCAGUUUGUGCAAUUUGAGGGGGGACUGUGAAAGGGCAUUUGUGAAGGCACGAGAAGAUGAAGGUGGAAGAACAGUGGAUGUAAUGCGUAUUAUUUUGACUUAUGGGCUUGAUCCAAUUAUUGGUUCAGUGGAAAACAAACCGUGUCUAACUAAAAGGGUGGAAGACUCUGUGAGAAGACUGCUGAAAGAAAUAACAGAGCACAGUACUAAAGAGGAAAAUUCUAAUUUUUCAGACACCACAGAGGCUGUCAUUGAACAUGUUCAUCCCAAUCAGCAGGACAAGGGAAAAAUAGAUGUUUCAAUGAUGAAGCAAGGCGACUGGAUUUGCCCCAAAUGCAAUUUCAUGAACUUUGCUAGAAACAUCAGGUGCUUACGAUGUGACAGCUUGUUUGAGGAAAAAAUCAAGCAAUUGAAGGAGGAUAACAAUCACCUACCUUUGAAGAAGGGAGACUGGAUAUGCAAUAAAUGCAAUUUCCUGAAUUUUGCAAAGAAUACAAGAUGUUUGCAAUGCAAAGAGAGGCCUUCCAAUCGUCACCUUAAUCCUGGGGAGUGGGAAUGUGACUCAUGCAAUUACCUCAAUUUCAGAAGAAACAUGGUUUGCCUGAAAUGUGACCAUAGACGGCCUAUAGUGUCAAGGGCUUCAAAAUCUUCUCUUCAACCUCAGCAAGAAGAUAUAGACCACUAUAAGAAUAGCAAAUUUGCUUUUGUGGCACAUCAGGGUGAUAGAAGUUAUGAAACACCAAUGAUUUUUGGAAGAAAGAACAGGAACAGAGAUUCACACAUGUGGAGAUUUGUAGAGGAUAGAAAUGAAAAUCACGAGUGCUUAAAUAAAUCAAAUGAUCCUUCUGACUUUGUGGAUUUUCCUAUUGUUGGAGGUAAGACUCAAUUGACUGAGGUACAAAGGAGAGAAGCAUACAAGACUGAGUUGCCAAAUCAGUUCAGAAGGCCUUCAUGGCAAAGUGAAACUGAUGAUGAGUUUUGUUCAGAUAGCCUGAGUACUGAUGAUGAAUUUUGUUCUGACAAUAACCAGAGUACUGAUGAUGAAGAAAUGGACGAAUGGUUUGGAAAAGGUAAGAUUGAAAGGUAGAAUUCUAAAUUUUAAUUUCUAUACACUAUUAAUGUAAAAGUUUUUAUAUUUUCAACAAAUUAGAAAUCAUGAUAAAUAUAAAUUUUAAGGUAAAUAUUGGAAAAGUCCACCAAUUUAUAGUGCAUCAACUUGAUAGAGUAAGACGAGGAUGUUCAUAGACGAUUUGGUCUAUUACCUCGGCUUGAUCUAUUGGGAAAUUGAAUAUUUUUUGUCCCCCAUUUUGAAUUGAAUAAUAAUGUAAAAUUUUGUUGCACUGUCCAUGCAUGCACUAUCUAUACGUUUUGAUAUUUGAAUGAAGCAUGAAUUUUUAAGUCCCAAAGAAUACAUAAAAUACUUGGGAGGGUCUUUAUAUGUUUUUAUGCUGCAAGAAUAGGUUGAUAUAAGGUCACAAUGUCUGAUAUUUCUAUUUAUACUUGAAUGGCUAAAAGUAGUUGAGUGAGGAGACAACUUUGACCGUAGAAUAAGACGAUGUAUAACAUCCAAAGGCUUCCUGAAGGCAUCGAAAGGUGAUAAUAUGUUGAAUUUUCUGAUGAUCAGAAUAUUCUAAGGAAAUUUAAUUCAAUCGACGCUAUACAAAUGGUUGAAUAUUUAUUAUUUAAGGUGUCAUGGACCUUUGCUAUGGACCAUGUGUCGCUCCUUAAACAGAGCCGGUCUUCGAGUGUAGUUUAGAAGUGCAAUUGUUUAGGGCUUCUGAUUCUGACCUGGAGGGGUCCAAUAUUAUUUGAAAUUAAAAAAUCUACACUUAAUAACAUAUUAUAUCCAUUCUCUAA